AUGGCUGCAACAAUAAACAACACACACUCACUGAGCGUACUCAAGCCUCUGAUCAAGGGAUGCCUCACCGGAUGCUGUUAUGCUCUCCUUUUCCACUGCAAUCGAUCGAUAUUCCUUCAUCUCCACAACUUUGUUCACAGUCCUAGCGGAGAUUCACGCAGGCCGCCGCUGCCUGAUCUGAGGAUGGCCACCGCUAGGGUUUCUUCAUCUCUCUCAACACAACUUCUUUUAAUCUUUCUAUUACGCCCUGUUUCAGAAUGUCGGAUUUUGAGCAAUAAACUAGGAAGCACGAACCAUGGAAGGUCCCUAUCCCUCUAUCAAGAAGCUUGUUGCGGGCUUGCCUCUAGCUCAAUUGCUGCCUUCUUUCUCCAGCCUUUCCUUUUAGCACAUGCGCGGAUCCCAACAGAGAGUUAUACUCUUACAAACUUGUUUGCCAAGCUUCAUCACAUGGUUAGACAUGAAGGGCCGCUGACCUUCUGGAGGGGCUCGGCCCUUUCUGUUAUCAUGCUGACAACAGCAAAUAUGGGGAUGCUGACAUCAUACAAACGGAGCCGAGACUAUCUGUUGGAGUCGAGAGGCCUCUCCAAAUGGAAAGCAGAACUAAGUGCAAGUAUCAUUUCUGGAUUCUCUGCAGCUGCUUGUAGCUAUCCAUGGAUAUACGUCGGGGGAAUCAAGCAUGUUGUGCAAAAAAAAUAUGCUGCUGGUGAUAAGCAUGCUUACAGAAUGAUUCCUCUUUUACUCGCUCGAAUUCUCACUCCAAACAAUGGCCUCAAAUUCUAUGUCCACUUCCUCAGUCAUUUUCGACAUUUGGCUGGGUUCUGCAUGUUGCAGUGGUGGAUUUAUGAGCGAAUCCACUUUGAGGAUGAGAGUGUAUGAGCUUCCUUGUACUGCCAACAUAGCCACUUACAAAAGAUUUCGACUUUCAUAUUUCAACCCCACUUGAAAUGGCAACAAUUUUGAGAUGUAAGGAGACCUCUGGGCACUGUCCCAAACAUUGCUGCUUACAGUCUGUGCUAAAACUUGGACACAUUUAUUUGGAAUAUUUCUAGUAGAUGAAAGUUAUGGUUAUUCUAUAAUGUCUUUAAUCCUAUCUCUGG